AUGGGUAAAGGAAACAGCAAAUUGAAAGGAUCUCAAAUCCGAGACCUGGCUGAGCAGACAUAUUUUACCGAAAAAGAGAUCAAGCAAUGGUACAAAGGAUUUGUACGUGACUGUCCAAAUGGAAUGCUCACAGAAGCGGGCUUCCAAAAAAUAUACAAGCAAUUCUUCCCACAAGGUGACCCAUCAGAUUUUGCAUCUUUCGUUUUCAAAGUGUUUGAUGAGAAUAAAGACGGCGCUAUAGAAUUUCAUGAGUUCAUUCGAGCUCUCUCCAUCACGUCACGUGGCAACCUAGACGAGAAAUUGCACUGGGCCUUCAAACUAUACGAUUUGGACCAAGAUGGGUUUAUUACCAGAAACGAGAUGUUGUCAAUCGUUGACUCAAUCUACAAGAUGGUCGGAAGCAGUGUACAGCUUCCUGAGGAGGAGAACACACCAGAGAAAAGAGUUGAUCGAAUCUUCAGAAUGAUGGACAAGAAUAACGACGCUCAACUAACAUUGGAGGAAUUCAAGGAGGGAGCCAAAGCAGAUCCAUCUAUUGUGCACGCUCUCUCAUUGUACGAGGGUCUUUCCACUUGA